AAGGUUUUGAUAUCUGGGAGAAGAAGAAGAGGAAGGGUCGCUUUCCUUUUCUUCUGCUUCCUAGAAUCGAGCAUUAACAUCUCCUCCACAACAACAUGAUCAGCCUAAGUUAGAGCUUCUUGUGACGGACAUGGAGUGCAAGGGUCACAAGGACAGUGAUCAUGAGGAGGCAAAUGUACCGACCAUGGCGCCGGGUCAUGCAGCAGAUCAGGAUCAAGCCAUGCUGAACAAUCCCGAGCAGAUCUUGCUCGACAUCGACGUCGAUGAUCUCAUCUUCUCCGAGUUGCCUGACUUCCCCUGCAUCUCCUCCCCUUCUCCUUCCUCCGCCGCCGGUUCCACUACCCUGCAUGCGCCGGCCGCCUCCUCCUCCUCUUCCUCCGCUUCCUCCAGGACCUUCUUACAGUUCGCCGACGGAGUCGGCGGCGGCUCACAGCCGGACGGAACCGCCGCAGCGACGUCUUCCUCGGUGGUAGAACACGAGCAAUCCAUCACCGGCGGGGAUGAGUUCCCCAUCGACGUCGGGCCGCUCGAUAUCGUCCUCGACGAGGAUGACAUCGACCUCUUUGGCCUCUCCAUCGACGUGGACGACCCCUCGUGGGACCCUUCCUCUCUUCUCCGAACCGACGAGGCCGAGCCGAUGCAUGAAGUAGGAUUGCUGCCGGAACAGCAAGAGCAGGGGAGAUGUAGUAAUAUCUCGGAGCAGGAGCCGGCGAGGAUAUUCUUGGACUGGUUGAAGAACAACAGGGAUGCCAUCUCACCGGAACACCUCCGCAGCAUCAAGCUCAAGCGCGCCACCAUUGAGGGCGCAGCCUGGUGGUUCGGCCGGACCAAGCAGGGCCGCACCCAGCUGCUCCGCCUCAUACUGACCUGGGUGCAGAACCACCACCUGCAUCGCAACCGCCCCGUUCUUCCUAACUCUGACCACCGCGAAUAUGCUGGCACUUACGGCGGCGCCUCAUGGAUUCCAGGAGCCGCGAGUCCGCCGCAGGCCUUGCUCGCCACCGUCGGCAACGGCGGUGUUGAGAUGAUGUGUCCAAGUACAUUGGUAGCUGGUCCUUAUGGAUGUCGCCAUUGCUCCGCAGCUCCCACCAGCAGCGUGAUGGUGAAUAGCCAGUCGUUUUCGCCGGCCACAGAAUUCGUCGACGUCGCCGCCGCUGGUCCAUGGCCGGCACUGCCGCCUCAGUUUGCGUCGUUCCCUUCCAUGGCACCUCCACAAUAUUCUGGCGGAUUUAUGAACAAUUUCCAUCCGAUGUACCACCCUGGCACCGGCCAGAGGCUCGGCGGCGCCGGUGUGGCGUCGGCCACUAAGGAAGCAAGGAAGAAGAGGAUGGCCCGGCAGCGUCGCUUCGCCCACCGGAAUCACCAUAGCAACCAUGUUGUUGGAGAUAGUGGAUCAACUCGCUCUAGUAGUGUCCGGAAUUGGACCUUUUGGAACAGCACGCCGGAUGCCGCAGCAGCGCACCCAGUCAGCGACCAUGAAACGCCAGUUUCUGAAAACACGCAACCGCCGCCGGCAGCUCUACUGCAGCCGAGAUCGUCCGAUCAGUAUGCUCCUGGUGAUCCUAAGAGUCAGGGACUGAAGUGUGAGAAGAACUUAAAGUUUUUGUUGCAGAAGGUGUUGAAGCAGAGCGACGUGGGCAGUCUGGGACGCAUCGUCCUGCCUAAAAAGGAAGCAGAGACUCUCCUGCCGGAGCUAGACGCCAGGAAUGGAAUCUCCAUUUCCAUGGAGGAUAUCGGCACAUCUCAGGUCUGGAACAUGCGAUACAGAUUCUGGCCAAACAACAAGAGCAGAAUGUAUCUCUUGGAAAACACAGGAGAUUUUGUGAGGUCGAACGGUUUGCAAGAAGGCGACUUCAUCGUGAUCUACUCCGACGUCAAGUGCUGCAAAUACAUGAUUCGAGGAGUGAAGGUUCGACAAGAAGCAGAGCCACGAGCAUCGAGCAAUCGGCGCUGUGCCAAGUUGCGACGACAGAGAAGGAAUGGCUCGGAGAAGAUGGGAGGAGCAGGCAGCAUCCAUGAAGAAGCUGAUGAGAAGGAGGAAGGAGAUGCAUGAUCAGAGUCGAAUAGCUUUGCAUACUGAUAUUUUGAUCUAAUCCUGUAUGAUCAUCUACUCUGCUUCUGAAACAGGCUUCAAUCUCUCAACUAGGACAGCAGAUCGACAUCAACAAUAGUUAAAAUUAUAUU